CGUUACAUUCCAGUUCCACUCCUCUCUUCUUUCAACACAUACAGCUUCAGCCGGUGCACUUCUCUCUGGAACCAUGGCCAAGGACAUGACUCUGCUGUGGGGCUCCGGCUCUCCUCCCUGCUGGAGGAUCAUGAUCAUGCUGGAGGAGAAGCAGCUGAAAGGCUACAACCAAAAACUGCUCUCCUUUGAGAAAAUGGAGCACAAGUCCAAGGAAGUCAUGGAUAUGAACCCCAGAGGGCAGCUUCCUGCCUUCAAAGCUGGGAAACAUGUCCUGAAUGAGUCCUACGCCGCCUGCUUCUUCCUGGAGAACCAAUACAAGUCCCAGGGGACCAAGCUGAUCCCCGACAGCGUCGAUGCACAAGCACUGAUGUACCAGCGCAUGUUUGAGGCUUUCCCACUCGGCGAGAAAAUAGGGAAGGUUCUCUACUACAACUAUAUGGUCCCAGAGGAAGAGAGACACGACGCUGCUCUGCAGAGAUACAAGGAGGCUCUAACAGCUGAGCUCCAGCUCUGGGAGGGAUAUCUGAAAAACCCGGACUGUUGCCUGGUUGGAAAGGAAUUUACAUUGGCUGAUGUGCUUGUUUUCCCAGUUGUUGCGUAUCUAUUCCGCGCUGGGUUGUGUAGUGAGCGUUACCCCGCACUGGCAAAAUACUACAACUCUCUGAAGGACAGAGCCAGCAUCAAAGCCUCCUGGCCUCCUACCUGGCACACCACCCCCGGAUCGGACACACUGAAAACCAUCUAAGACCCAGAGACUGACUCAUCGGUGGACACGCUAACUGUUGUGUUUUGAUAUAUAACCACUCCUUGCAUUGCACUAUUUUUCUUUUUUUUUCUUUCUUUCUUUCUUUUUUUAAACUGCAUUUGUUUCUGCAACAUACCAUCAUUUGUUUGUGACUCUAAAUGCAAAUUUGUUUUGUGCCGCAAACAAAAGCAAUAAAAAGAGAAUACCAACUUGA